UAGACGCGUUUUUAAUGCCGCUUGCUCGGUGGGGGCUGGAGCUUUCUCUGCCAAAGUGCUGCACUGCACACUCACCGGGACAGAACAAAGGUCGCUUUCCUCAAGGAGCUGAGCCAGGUGAACUGCGUGUUAAGUGGAGACCUGGCACUCUUUAACUUGAAAACGCUCCGGCUUUAUCGUAGCCAUUAUCGGGGCGAGGCUCUGACACCGUCUAUUGACAAUGAGUCAGAAAUGAGCCUCGAACCAAGAGAUCCUUACAUGCGCAGAUCACUCACUCUGCUUUCGUGAGCUGGAAGGGUAAAGUAAAGCGAGGAAUCGGAAAACUCAUUCAUUUUUUUAAGUUUUCAACACUUCAGCAGACACAGCAGGACCGACAAUGCCCAAGCCAGUCAAUGUCCGCGUCACUACAAUGGACGCCGAGCUGGAAUUUGCCAUCCAGUCAGUCACUACAGGCAAACAGCUUUUCGAGCAGGUGGUCAAGACAGUGGGCCUGCGUGAGGUGUGGUACUUUGGGCUGCAGUAUAUGGACAACAAAGGAUAUCUCACCUGGCUGAAAUUGGAGAAAAAGGUUUUAUCUCAGGAUGUGAAGCGAGAGAACCCCCUGCAGUUUAUGUUCCGGGCUAAGUACUUCCCUGAGGAUGUGGCUGAAGAGCUGAUCCAGGACAUCACCCGCAAGCUCUUCUUCCUGCAGGUGAAAGAUGGCAUCUUGAGCGACAAUAUCUACUGCCCCCCAGAAACAGCUGUGCUGCUGGCCUCCUACUCGGUGCAGGCCAAGUUUGGAGACUUCUCCAAGGAGACCCACAAAGCUGGCUACCUCACAUCUGAACGGCUGCUACCCCAGAGAGUGCUUGACCAACACAAACUCUCCAAAGAGCAGUGGGAGGAGAGGAUCCAGGUUUGGCAUGAGGAACACAGGGGCAUGCUAAAGGAAGAUGCUAUGCUGGAAUACUUAAAAAUUGCACAAGACCUGGAGAUGUAUGGAGUCAACUACUUUGACAUCAAGAAUAAGAAAGGAACAGAGCUGUGGCUGGGUGUGGAUGCUCUUGGACUGAACAUCUAUGAGAAAGAUGAUAAACUGACACCAAAGAUUGGGUUCCCUUGGAGCGAAAUCAGGAACAUAUCAUUCAAUGACAAGAAGUUUGUCAUCAAACCCAUUGAUAAAAAGGCUCCCGACUUUGUGUUCUAUGCUCCUCGCCUGCGCAUUAACAAGCGCAUCCUGCAGCUGUGUAUGGGCAACCAUGAGCUCUACAUGCAGCGCAGGAAGCCUGACAGCAUUGAGGUGCAGCAGAUGAAAGCUCAGGCCAGAGAGGAGAAGCACCAGAGGCAGAUGGAGAGAGCCAUGCUGGAAAACGAGAAGAAGAAGAGAGAAACUAUUGAGAGAGAAAAGGAAGAGAUGGAGAGAGAGAAGCGAGAGAUGAUGAUGAGACUCUCUCAGUUCGAGGAGCAGGCCAGAAAAGCUCAGAGAGACCUGCAGGAGCAGCUGGAAAGAGCCAAAAGGCUGGAGGAGGAGAGGAGGAAAGUAGAGGAUGAGGCCGCUCGUUUGGAGGCUGAGAGACAGGCGGCUCUGCUGGCUAAGGAGGAGCUGGCCAGGCAGGCUGAGGACCAGGCCAAGAGCCAGGAGCAGCUGGCUGCAGAACUGGCUGAGUACACUGCAAAGAUCGCCCUGUUGGAAGAGGCCAAGAAAGCCAAGGAGGAUGAGGCUAAUGAAUGGCAGAGCAGGGCUAAGGAGGUGCAAGAAGACCUGUUGAAGACCCGUGAGGAGCUGCAGCUGGUGAUGACUAUUCCUCCACCACCGGCUCCAUCCAUGCUCGUGAUGGAGGAUGUCCAGGUUGAGGAAGUAGAGCAUGAGGACCACGAGGAGAACAUGAGGACCUACAGUGCUGAGCUCCUGGUAGAGACCAUCAAGGACAACCGCAAUGAGGAGGAACGUCUUACCGAGGCCGAGAAAAACGAGCGCGUUCAGAGACAGCUCAUGGCCCUGAGCUCAGAGCUGGCCGACGCGCGGGAUGACACCAAGAAGACCCAGAACGAUAUCCUGCACAUGGAGAACAUGCGCGCCGGGAGGGACAAGUAUAAGACCCUGCGUCAGAUCCGCAUGGGCAACACCAAGCAGAGGAUAGACGAGUUUGAAGCCUUGUAGAGACUGAUAACAUCUCUGAAUAACCUCAGCCAUGGCAAACACCCUUCUAGCUUCUUCCACUGCUGUUCUAGGGUGUAUCUGUAACAUUAUCACGAAUGGUUUCACUUUACAAUAGGUGUCCAAGUACCUCUUAUUUAGCCUUUCUUAAUGUUAUUUAAUCAUGGUAGGGCCAUUGGACAGGCUUGUAUGUUUUUAAAAGAUUGCCAUGAAAGGAGAAGGGUAAACUGGAGCAGUUUCAGGAUAAGAGCCUUGCUCGUGGGCACAGUGGUAGCGUUUAGAGGAAGGGCAGAAACAUUACAAUCUAUCAGACUUUUUACAGUAUACAUACAAGUGUAUGUUGACCAUAAAUAUAAGUUUUUACUUGAAAAGUAAAAGUGUUCAGCAUCUCUUAUUAUUAUUAAUAUUAUUAUUAUCAUUAUUACUUGGUGUAGAAUUGGACCUGACUUCGCUGAACAUCAGCAUUCAGUCGAAAUCACAUUUUGGUAAUUGUGCCACAGCCUUUUAAAACAAAAUAAUUUCAUAUAGUAAGUUGCCAAUAAAUUCCUCUUUUUGUUGUUGUUCUUUUUAGUGCUAAUUGCUGCCACCCUGAGUUUGAUUUAGGAAAUGCAUCACCCUGACAGAGAUUAAAUAAUGCUGGUGAAAGUUUA